UCCGUUCACCGUCAAGGACGCGUCUAAUUAAUUGGUUCUAGAGGAGCUGUGGCUCAUCAUUUUUGCCUGAUCACUCUAUAUAUAUUCCGUGUGGAAACCUUCACAUUGUCAUCAAAGGCAUAUAUACAAUACAACACGCAGAGGCAUACAAUUACAACAAUUGAGAGAAUGGACAAGUUCAUCAUCAGUGUUGUGAUUGUUUUGGCUGCAAUGCUUUUACAAUGCUCGGAAGCACAAAUAGUGCAUGUGGUAGGAGAUGGCAUGGGUUGGAGUGUUCCACAAGCUGGUGCUGCGGCAUAUCAGACUUGGGCUGACAACAACAAGUUCCUGGUUGGUGAUAUUUUAACGUUCAACUUCGCCACAGGGGAGCACGACGUCCUCCGAGUACCAAAAGAAUCCUUCGACUCCUGCAGCUCAGCCAACCCUAUUGGUGACACCAUCACCACUGGCCCUGUUAACAUUACUCUUUCUAACGCUGGCAACCACUACUACAUCUGCACCGUCGGCCAGCACUGCCAGUUUGGCCAGAAGUUAGCCAUUACCGUCUCCGGCUCUCCUACGCCCACUACUCCACCCUCCCCUCAAACUACUCCUCCUACCACGCCUUCUCCCUCCUCAGGGACCCCUGCUCCUUGCACUCCAACUCCUACUUCGUCCCCCGCUGCAUCUCCCAAGGCCGGCGGACCCACUGGUCAGACGCCGACCCCGCCCGACUCUUCAUCAUCUGGUGUCUUUGCUAGUUUCUUCGUCUCCUUGUUGCCCAUUGCCGCGGCUUUCCUUUUCUAAGGAAUUAAGAACACUACUCGAGAGAUUUUGUACAUUUUGGGUAAUGCCAUAUAUAGGUUUUUUUAUUUUGUUUUAUUUUUUUCGUUGGUCGAAUUUAUUUCUGUACCAAGACUGUGAUGUAUUAUUUUAUUUGAGCAUAUGAUCAAUAAAGGGAUUCCAACUUCUUUUUU